CUAUUAGUAUUCCUGUCCUAUGGGUGUGCAGUGUUGCCAGCCACGUCAGGCCUGUAGCAACUGCUUGUCUCCUGCCUCACCAAGGCAAGGUUAGAUACACUCGGCUGAAGACACUCGAAGAAAAAGACCUUGGGAACAAAUUCAGCAUCUUGGCAACCAGAAAUUGCCUUCCUCUCUGUUUCUAGUAGGCCUAGUGAUUAAGCAAGUGUUAUCAUUGCCUGAAGUUACAUAGCUUUCUUUAUUUGGACGUUUCGCAACAUUUUUGCUUUUCCAAAAGGGAAUGUUUGCAUAGUUACAUUGCCGAAGACCCUCCUCAAGCCGUAUUCUCUGUGUUUAAUGGAAACGCACAAUUAUAAGAAAUGGUUGCAUUUUGCGAAUACCAGUGAUUGCUUUCUACGGACCAUCACAGCUGCGGUGCGCGAGGAAGGACGCCUCAGCUUGUUGGACCCCGGGUCGCGUGUGUGUAUAGGCUACGGUUACCGUAUACCAUCAGUUGGACUGCUGGAGUGAAGGUGACUCGCUCCCCCUUUGCAGUCGAGGCAAUGCGGAGAGGAGUCGCAGGCGCUCAUCCGGUACUUCUGCGCUCUGUCGGCAGCCUGCAAAAAUAUAUUAUUCUUCUUAGACGGUAGAGAGAGAGAGAGAGAGAGAGAGAGAGAGAGAGAGAGAGAGAGAGAGAGAGAGAGAGAGAGAGAGAGAGAGAGAGAGAGAGAGAGAGAGAGAGAGCAGUAAUACACCACAGAUAAACUAUCUAUCCUAUCCGUUUUAGGAUAUAUCCUACUGGAGAGGUUUCGACACCACAAACGAUAGAUAGAACAGGAUAUCGGCCAAUAGGUGGUGGUGGAGUUUAGGGGGACGUAGAUUAACAACGUUCUGUAUUAGAGCUGUUUUAUUAGUGGAUGUGUAUGCAUGAGUUCUGCACCGAAUGGGCGCAAGAACCGCCCCAGAUCCGCCGGGAACCUCUUCCAGAUCGGCAAGGCUCCCUACCGAGACCCGGAGAGGAGGGAGAGCACGGAGAGCACCCGCAAAGCCCAGCGCGCCGUGGCGGACUGCAGAAUGAUUGUGCAGGAGUUUAACACGCUUGUGGCGCUGUAUCGUGAGCUGGUCAUCUCCAUUGGCGAGAUCUCUGUCGACUGCCCGUCGUUACGGGCCGAGAUGCACAAGACCCGAACUAAAGGCUGCGAGAUGGCGAGAGCCGCAAACCAGAGCCUGUCAGUCAUUUCAGGGCCUGAGGACGGAGAGAUUCACCCAGAGAUCUGCAGGCUCUUCAUCCAGCUGCAGUGCUGUCUGGAGAUGUACAUCACAGAGAUGCUCAAGUCUGUCUGUCUGCUGGGAUCCCUGCAGCUCCACAGGAAAGGGAAGGAUUGCUGUGGGCCUCCCAGGAUUGACGGUAAGGUGGAUGAGGGCUCAGACAUCCCCAUUCUAGAAGACACCUCCUCCCCCAUGGACUGUCAUCAGCUCUGCUGGCUGGUCACCACAGACAUAGACAAUACUGAGAGGGACAUGAGAGAGAUGAAGAACCUUCUCAGUAAACUCAGGGAGGCGAUGCCUUUACCACUGAAGAACCAAGAUGACAGCAGCUUGCUGAACCUAACUCCCUACCCACUGGUCCGACAGAGGAAGAGACGGUUCUUUGGGCUCUGUUGCCUGGUAACCAGCUAAGGGGCCUGCCCUCCUGGGUUGAAGGCAGGAACGGUAAUGCUUAAGUUGAAGUGUUGUUCAUGGCACAUCCAUAAAGUGUCCUAUGCACAUCAUAAUUCAAGUGUCAAAAGACAAGCUAUAAAAGCUUUGUCAACUGGAAUGACAUACAGUAUUUGCAUGUCACGACCAAUAUAUUUAUUUGCAUUAUGACAUGGUGUCAUAAGAUAUUGACAGUUAUCAUAACAGUGCCCCAUAAAGGAAAGAGCAUAGAAUUAAAUAUUUUGUAAUGUGUCAUGGGCAACACUGCACGUAAAGUGCUACUGCGGCAACAAAGACACCAUUAACCACAAUCCUUCACCACUUGUGUCUCCCACCACUAUAUUACUGCCAUUUCCAAUAUCCAAUACAGUUCUCUCUUUGUUGAAAAGGCUACCCCAUUUUAUAAUUUUAUUUUGUAAUACAAAGAUAAAUUGUAAUUGCAAUGUAAUGAAACCAAUAGUCAAAACAUAUAUUUUAUAUUUCUUUUCAUAUUCAUAUUUGUUUUCAUUUGGUACAGAAGUCCAACCUUUUCAUUUGGUACAGAAGUCCAACCUUUUCGUUUGGUACAGAAGUCCAACCUUUUCGUUUGGUACAGAAGUCCAACCUUUUCGUUUGGUACAGAAGUCCAACCUUUUCAUUUGGUACAGAAGUCCAACCUUUUCAUUUGGUACAGAAGUCCAACCUUUUCAUUUGGUACAGAAGUCCAACCUUUUCAUUUGGUACAGAAGUCCAACCUUUUCAUUUGGUACAGAAGUCCAACCUUUUCAUUUGGUACAGAAGUCCAACCUUUUCAUUUGGUACAGAAGUCCAACCUUUUCAUUUGGUACAGAAGUCCAACCUUUUCAUUUGGUACAGAAGUCCAACCUUUUCAUUUGGUACAAAAGUCCAAACUUUUCGUUUGGUACAGAAGUCCAACCUUUUCAUUUGGUACAGAAGUCCAACCUUUUCAUUUGGUACAGAAGUCCAACCUUUUCAUUUGGUACAAAAGUCCAACCUUUUCGUUUGGUACAGAAGUCCAACCUUUUCAUUUGGUACAGAAGUCCAACCUUUUCAUUUGGUACAGAAGUCCAACCUUUUCAUUUGGUACAGAAGUCCAACCUUUUCAGUUGUCAAAGGUUUUCGGAAGAGAGAGACCAUUUGAAACAAUGUCAACAUUUAGUUUCUUCCAUACAGCUGAAUUGAUGAAUUAAUGAAUUGUGUGUAGGACACAAUUUGAUCCUUAAGUUUGUUUCAAAAACAAUGUUAGUAAGUACGACACUUGCCAUGUGUGGCAAUACUUUUCCAAUAUGACCGGUCAUUGAAGUUAGACACUUGCAGUAAACAGAUAUGCUAUUUUAGGGCUCUAUUCAAUCUGUAUCCCUGAAGCGUUAAAGAUUGCACAGUUUAAAUGUAAAGGUCAUUUCCGAUUGAGUUAACAUACGCAGCGUUUACUGUGAAUGCAGUCUCCGCUAACAUUGCCUUUGAUUUUUCAAUCACGCUUUAAAGCUGAACUUCCGUGAUACGUACUGAAUAAAGCCCUUCAUUUGAUCACUCUGUGGUCACAGAUCAUUUUCCUGCUCCGCAGGAAAUUAAAACUUGUAGUGUAUUUACAUUUUUAAAAGUAUUCUAAAGUUUGUCAUUUCCAGUUUAAAAUGUCAGACUUGACUUACCCUAAUGUAAAAUGUAUCAACCCCUACAAAAAAAUGUCCAUUCAUUAUAAUCCACAUAAUAAUUCACAUGACCUGUUGCUGCAGGAUUAUUUUCCUGCUGUGAAAAACUAGUCAAAUUAAGAUAGCAGAUCUGUAUAUGUACAUUACUAGAUAAAAGGCAUAGAGCUGUUUUUCCAGAGCAGAGAAAGUCUGUGCACUACGUCUGUUGUGAGUUUCUUUCUCUGUUUUCCAUUUCUAGCUGACCCUGUACUUCCUGUACUGUACUUCCUGUACUGUACUUCCUGUACUGUACUUCCUGUACUGUACUUCCUGUACUGUACUUCCUGUACUGUACUUCCUGUAUUGACCUUGAUUUAGUCUUCCAUGAACCAAACACCUGUACCUGACUUUUCCUUUCCAUCUUCAAGGAGGAAUAUACUAUACAAUACUAACAAAAAUAUUAACUUCUUUGCACAUACAAUAUCUAUCUAUAAAUUAAGACAUUAGACAUACUCUAUGUAUGUAUAUACACAUACUCUCCAAUCGAUGAGCUCUGGAAAAUCUUAGAAUUUGAGAUAGAUUGGUGAAGUCUUGGUUGGCAUAAGCAGGUGACGUUUCCCUUUGUAAUGCACAGUCUGUGCGGGUAAUGGGGACACAGCAUAGGUCUUGCUUAUUAGAAAUAGUGAUAUAUGUGUAGGGCAUGGAGAAGGUACAGUACUGUAGUCAAAGCUGAAAUAAAAAGCUGUAUGUCAUUUUACAUUGUUAAUAAACUUUUUUAUUUAAACCGA